UUUCCGUCGAUUUUUAGCCUGCUCGCAGCCUCCGACACCGGCGAUGGCACCGGCCGGAGACCCGCCGCCGGCGACCAAGUACUUCUGGGGCGACUCUCCGGAGCCCGACGAGUACUACGCCUCUCAGGGGCUCCGGCACGCUGAGUCCUACUUCCAGUCCCCGCACGGCCGCCUCUUCACCCACUCCUUCCACCCGCUCUCCGCGGCCCACGACGGGGAUGUCAAGGGCGUCGUUUUCAUGACCCACGGCUACGGCUCCGACUCUUCCUGGCUCUUCCAGAGCAUCGCCAUCAGCUACGCGCGGUGGGGGUACGCCGUCUUCUGCGCUGACCUCCUCGGCCACGGCCGCUCCGACGGCGUCCACGGCUACCUCGGCGACAUGGAGUCCGUGGCCGCGGCGUCUCUCUCCUUCUUCCUCUCCGUGCGGAGGAGCGACUCCUACGCGUCCCUCCCGGCGUUCCUGUUCGGCGAGUCCAUGGGCGGCGCGGCCAUGCUGCUCAUGUACCUCCGCUCCCCGCCGGACGCGGCGUGGACUGGGCUCAUCUUCUCCGCGCCGCUGUUCGUGAUCCCGGACGACAUGUACCCGUCCCGCAUGCGCCUGUUCCUGUACGGUCUCCUCUUCGGGCUCGCCGACACCUGGGCGGUGCUCCCGGACAAGAAGAUGGUGGGCAAGUCGAUCCGUGACCCGGCGAAGCUCAAGGUUAUCGCGUCCAACCCCAGGCGGUACCGCGGCGCGCCGCGGGUGGGCACGAUGCGGGAGCUGGCCCGCGUGACGGCGCUGCUGCAGGCGAGCUUCGGGGAGGUGACGGCGCCGUUCCUGGCCGUGCACGGCACCGAGGACGGGGUCACCGCGCCGGAGGGGUCCAGGAUGCUGUAUGAGCGCGCGCCCAGCGAGGACAAGGAGCUCAUCAUCUACGAGGGGAUGUACCACUCGCUCAUCCAGGGCGAGUCCGACGAGAACCGCGACCGCGUGCUCGCCGACAUGCGCGCGUGGAUCGACGAGCGCGCCCGCCGCUACGGCCCUGCUGCCGCCGCCACGAACGGGGACGCCAAGGAGGCCUCGACGGCUUGACGGGGCGGUGCAAUGUCCUCGUCUCCUCUUCUUCUCUGUUUCCUGUUCUCGUUCAUCCCUUUUGAUAUAAUUUAUGGAGAUGAUGCCAUUGCCGUUCAAUUUGGACUGCAAUGAUCCGAAGCUGAUAGCACCAAGUAGUAGUGUACUAUAGCUUCUUCCUUCGAUUAAAGAUGCAGAAACGAUUCGAUCUGCCAAUCAUCUUGUCGAAUUUUACUGAAUUUGUUGCCGGCAAAACGAGUAUCAUCAGUCAAGCUCGAUAACGUUGAGAGCAAAAGGAGGCCCAAGGAAGUUUCGGAUCUGAUGAAU